AUGCCCGGGCGCUCGGGGGACAACAUCCUUUGCGCCGUGCUGGCGCUGGUGAAGGAGCUGGACCGGCCUGGCCUGGAGCUGGUGCGCCGCCGGAAGCCCAGAGCGCGGUUGAGCAGCGCAUGGACUCUUGAGGCUGAAGCAGUCAUCCGCAACGAGUCGGGCUACAUCACCCACACAGCCAAGAAGGACUUCGGUCCUUUGGAGUUCACGGGCAAGAUUGGGGGCGGGCUGAGGCUUGACUUGCGAAGGCGGGCGCCCCUGUACAUCAGCGACUGGACGGACGCCUUUAAGGCUGAGAACUUCCAGAAGUCCGUGUCCUCCAUUCUUUACCUGUUCAUCGCAGCGCUGGCCCCUGCCAUCACCUUCGGGAGCAUUGAUCGGCAAUUUCCUGCCUGGGGCAUUGCCUAUGCCAUCAUCCCCUCCAUUGGCUUUGCGGUGCUGGGCUACCUGGACCAGAACUUGACGAGCAUCAUUGUGAACCGGCCAUCGAACGGGCUGAAGAAGGCGCCUGGCUACCACCUGGACCUGUUUGUGCGCGGCGCCCUGACGCUGCCGGCCUGCGCCGUGCUGGGCCUGCCCCUGUCUGUGGCCUCAACUGUGCCCAGCAUCACCCACGUGAUCUCGCUCACCACCUACGAGGUGAAGCAGCUCCCACAGGGCGAGACCAAGGUGCCUUCCAAGGUCGUCGAGCAACGUGCCACCAACUUCUUGAUCCAUGUGCUCAUUGGCUGCGCGCUCUUCAUGGCUCCGGUGCUCAAGUUUCUGCCUCGCGCCGUGCUGCAGGGCGUGUUCUUCUACAUGGGAAUCGCGUCCUUGACCGGCAAUAACCUCUUCGACCGCCUUUUCCUUUGGAUGAUUUGGGACUCUUCCAAGUACCCGCAGUACAACUACAUCCAGAAGCUGCCCAUCAAGCGCGUCCACUUGUACACCUUCGUGCAGGUGGUUUGCCUGGCAAUCCUGUACGGCCUCAAGGCCAUCAAGGAGACCUCUGUGGUCUUCCCCUUCUUCAUGGCGUCCUUGGCUAUCAUCCGCAAGGCCUUGAAAUACAUGUUCACUGCCGAAGAGCUGCAGCUCUUGGACAGACGCAUUCCAGAUGCCCGGGCGCUCGGGGACAGCAUCCUUUGCGCCGUGCUGGCGCUGGUGAAGGCGUGCCAGGGACCGUACAAUUAA